CGCCAUACACUUCAUACUAUCCGCUCCCCUCCAUUCCCUUCUCCCGUGCUCGCGCUCUUCGCCGAGCACAUCGAGUCCAUCCCUACUGCCUUCAGAACGCAUUUCACACGAGUCCGUUAGAUCUCUUCGCUGCCCGCAGCCAUCAGAUCGCCCCACCGACUUCGUCACCUUCUAGAAGGCCACUUCGAUUUUAUCGAACAUUGCGCAAUAAAGCAGAAUACUAACACUCCCAGGAAUCUUUAGCUAGAGUCUCUUGGAGCUCGUUCGACUACUGUUGAAGCUUCGAUCCUCGGUCGACGCAUUCAGUUGCCUCUCGUCUGAGAUCCCUCUGCAAUUGAUACCUAUCAGAGUCAGUCAUCAUGGCCACAGCAUCAGUAUCAACGCCCCUCAAGUCCCACAAGGGGCUCUUCUCUUCCCGUACCGCCGGCGGACGGAUGCCUCUUACACCCUCGCCAAGACGGUCGACGCCGAGCGCUGUCGCCAAUGUGAGCUCGUCGCCGUAUACGCCUGAGGGGCGCCAGGGUAACGCAGCGCCCAAGUCUACCUACGGUGGAAACUUGAUGGCGCAUCUCACCCGAUCUGCUUCCAAGCCUGCGCACCGCGAGUCUCCCAAGUCCAACAUUGCCCGCGGUGUCCAGACUCCCCGCAAAGCCCUAGAAUUGGGAGUGUCGGACUUUGCCCUCACAGGAACGGGCAAGACACCUGCCAGCGCCAAGUCAAAGAAGGCUCCUCUGCGUCAAAAGUCACAGAAGACGACCAUCAGCUACACUGGCGAUCGCUUCAUCCCCAACAGAUCAGCGAGCUCCGCCAUCUCCAACGCUGGCUCCAGCAAGCUGAGCGCCGGUGAUCGCCAGCGACCCAAAAGCCGGGACACGGAUAGCUCCUCAGUCCUCUCGACCGCCGCUGAUGAUGCCGCGGCUGCCCUCGAGAGCCUCAACAUCAACGACGAGGAUGAGGCAGAUAGCUACUCUCGGCCGUCUCCCAACACAGUGGCCUACCAGGACUCUCUGGCCAGCGCGUGCGGCGUUAGCCUGAACACUCGAAUUCUCGAAUUCAAGCCUGCGCCUCCGGAGUCCUCCAAGCCCAUCGAUCUCCGUCAGCAGUACAACCGCCCCCUCAAGUCUGCGACUACGAACUCGGCCCAGCUUCGCCGACGUAUUGCCACCGCUCCUGAGCGUGUUCUCGAUGCUCCUGGCUUGAUUGACGACUACUACCUCAACCUGCUCGACUGGAGCUCUGGUAACCAGGUCGCGAUUGGCCUUGAGCGCAGUGUUUACGUUUGGUCCGCUGACGAGGGCAGCGUCAGCUGCUUGCUCGAGAGCCCUGCCGACACGUAUGUCAGCAGCGUCAAGUGGUCCGACGACGGCGCUUAUGUCGGGGUCGGUCUUGGGACAGGAGAGGUCCAAAUUUGGGACGUUGCUGAGGGCCAGAAGAUCCGAAGCAUGUUCGGUCACGAUACCCGCGUUGGUGUCAUGGGCUGGAGCAAGCACCUGCUCUCCACCGGCGCCCGCAGCGGCCUUGUUUUCAACCACGAUGUCCGCGUCGCCGAGCAUAAGGUGGCCGAGCUCGUUUCUCACACAUCAGAGGUCUGUGGUCUGGAGUGGCGAUCCGACGGUGCUCAGCUCGCUACUGGCGGCAAUGACAACCUCGUGUCCAUCUGGGAUGCUCGCUCUCUGUCGGUGCCCAAGUUCACCAAGACCAACCACAAGGCUGCUGUCAAGGCGCUCGCUUGGUGCCCCUGGAAUAUGAACCUCUUGGCUACCGGCGGUGGCUCCUACGACCGCCACAUUCACUUCUGGAACUCGACUUCGGGCGCGCGCGUCAACAGCAUCGACACUGGCUCUCAGGUCACGUCGCUUCGCUGGAGCCCUCACUACCGAGAGAUUGUCAGCUCCAGCGGCUUCCCCGACAACUCUCUGAGCAUCUGGAGCUACCCUACCCUAGUGCGCAAUGUAGAGAUCCCCGCCCAUGAAAGCCGUGUCCUGCACAGCUGCCUGAGCCCGGAUGGCCAAAUGCUUGCCACAGCCGCUGCCGACGAGAGUCUCAAGUUCUGGAAGGUCUUUGAGAAGAAGGCGGGAGCCGCUGGUGCCGUUGGCGGUACUGGAGCUUCGAGCAAGGCCAACAUGGUCAAGCAGAUGACCAUCCGAUAAUCGCGUGUCGUACCAGAUCGCCAAUGGUAGGUAUGGACGGUUUCAUUCACAACUCGAUGUCACAAGCGGUGAUUUUUGAGCAUGGCGCUUGGAGUUUCUGCGUACGGGUUCCGCACGUGGUACGAAAGUGCUUCUCCACGCUGAAGAAAAGGAAUGGGGCAGUCUGAACAUGAGCUACGAUGGCACGUCACGACGAUGAGACUGGGCCUUUGAGAGAGAAAUGGCUGUGUGCAGGUUGAGAGUGAAGAGUGUUUGUUUGCAAUACAGUAACAGAUAGUUUUUUGAGGUAAACAAUGCCGUAGAGUGGCAUUCCGGGAGUCUCUUUUUUGUCUGUUGAAGGGUGAUGCAAGGCAGUCACGGCUGGCUCUCAGCGGCUCCUCGCUACUAAGCAAAGAAGGUCGCUCGCUUGCUUAGGACGCUGGGGUGCUUGGACCUCA